AUGACCACCGAGCUUAGAAAACGAGUCGUCGACUCGCCCAAAGUCUGGACCGUCCUCCUGACAAACACCAAAUACCUCACCGGGCUGCUCCUGCUCGACUACUCCCUCAAGCGCGUAAAAACAAAAUACCCGCUGGUGGUGCUAUACACCGACACCCUCGAGCCCGCGGGCCAUGCCGCUCUCGACCGCCGCCGCAUCCCAAAGAUGCGCAUCGAGUACCUACUGCCAAAGGCGUCGAAAGACUUUAGUAACACUCCGCGCUUCUACGACUGCUGGAGCAAGCUCCAGCCCUUCUCUCUCAUCGAGUACGAGCGCGUGGUCCAGCUCGACGCCGACAUGCUCGUCCUCCAGAACAUGGACGAACUCAUGGACGUGCCCCUUGCGGACAACAUCUUCGCCGCAUCGCACGCCUGCGUCUGCAACCCGCUCAAGAUCCCCUUCUACCCCGCCGACUGGAUCCCAUCCAACUGCGGCUUCACGCACCAGCACAGCAACCCGGACGCCGCACAGACCGAGGGCGCGCCGUCCACGACGGGGAUCGGCCAGUGCAACGGCGGGCUGCAGGUCGUGAGCCCGUCGCUCGCAAACUACGAGCUCAUCACCGCGGCGCUGCUGGAUCCGAAAAAGACGGAUGAGUAUGGGUUUGCCGACCAGACGCUCAUCUCGGAUGUGUUUGCGGGGCGGUGGCGGCCGCUGCCGUAUGUGUAUAAUGCGCUCAAGACGCUGCGGUGGUGCCAUAAGGAGAUUUGGAGGGAUGAGGAGGUCAAGAAUGUGCACUAUAUUUUGUCGCCGAAGCCGUGGGAGGAUAGAGGUAUUGAGGAGCCGACGCAUAAGUGGUGGUGGGAUAUGAAUGAUAAGAGGUUGGCGGAUGAGAGUGCUGCGGGGAUUGAGGCGGAUGGGUUUUGA